AUGAAGUGGAAGAAUUUGAUGGAUCGAGUGCCAGGUCUGCCCGGCGAUCCCUCACACAUCGCCCAUGUCGCCUUGCGGACGUAUUCCCUCGCUUUGUCACUUUCGCUGGGCCCGUCACUGCUGCCAUUCGUCCUUAGCCGCGUCGCACCAAGAUCCACCGGCUCGACCAAGUACAACGGCCGUGCCUUGCUCAAAGUGCUGCGAAGGGAACUGGGACAUGAUGGGUUCGCGUUCGCCAUGACUCUCGCUAUUGCCGGUGGUGAGGCUUUGAACCGGUAUUUCUCAGCGGAGGCCUCUGGGGAAGUGCCAGCGGAGGGUAGCCCAACCGCAGAACCGCGUCGAACACUCCGCUCUUUGCUAGCAAGGCUCUCGGCGGCACAAAGGACAUUCGUGGCGAACUUCGUGUCGUCAGCUAUAUCUAUUCUCCUCAUACAGGCUGGCCGCGAUAGAUCCCUGCGGCUGAGGAACAAUCCCCCGUCUAUGGAUGCUAUACCCUUGACAGUAUCUAUACCCCAUUCUUUGCGUUCGGGCGUUGCGGUACCCUCACCUACACUUGAUCUUACCCUCCUACUCCUCGUCAGAGCUGUCGAUUCCCUCUGCCAAAGCUUUGUCUUCACGCGGUGUAAUAACGCUCCGGAGAAAUCAACUCUGCCUACAAAAAUACCCGACGAGAUGGAUGAUGUUCACGAAGAAGAAAAGCAGUUCCGUCGCAGGCGACUGGGCCUCACGACUCGUAUAGAUGCCCUGGUCUUUUGGGCUUGCGGCGCUAGAAUAAUGUGGUGUUUCUUCUACCGACCAGCAAGGCUCCCUCGCGCCUACGUCAAAUGGAUCGGUUCCUUAGCAGCAGUGGACCCCCGUCUCCCUGAAGCACUGCGUGCCAUCCGGACCGGGCGCUGGAGCUACAUCCACGGCUCACCCAAAGAGUCCCAUCUGUUGACAUCCCUCUCACAAGACCUGGGAUACCCCCCAGCAUGGGGAGAUCCGUCCGCGCUCCCUGCUUUCGGAGGGCGAGCUGCCAAUGUAACUUGGACUAAACUGGGGGUGCACAACCGAUCAGGCGUUGGCGGUAUACCUUGCGAACUAGUUCAUGGCGGUAUCACCUCCCGCUUCGGGCUUGAUGGCAGUUGCACCGCCAAUGCGGUGGUCAGAGGCGCAUAUGCCUUCGCUGAAGCAAUGGCAAUAUACCUCCCCGUUCAUCUACUUCCAGUCCUUCUGGGUCGCCCGAGCUCACUGCUCCAACCACAUAAAGCCAUUUCCGUGCUUCUAGGAGCCGCGCGAAGCGCCACAUUCCUUUCUACGUUUGUGUCUUCAUAUUAUUUUACGGUGUGCGUUACACGUACACUCGCCUUCGCGCGACUCUUUCCUUCCGUGUCGCACGACUUUUGGGAUGGGCCGUACGGCUGUAUAAUGGCUGCGUGCUUGACGUGUGGAAGCAGUAUCUGGAUCGAAAAUGGUAGGCGUCGGGGUGAGAUGGCACUGUAUGUCCUCCCGAGGGCUAUACGGACGCUCCUCCCCAACUCCUGGCUGCGGGGCAACCGCCCACUGGCUCGGGGCCUCGAGCGUCUGGUGUUUGUCCUAUCAUUCGCAACACUAAUAACCGGAGCCAUGCACAAACCGCACUCCCUCCGAGGACUCUCGAAAUGGACUGCCGCAUUCAUUUUGAAGGGUCCUCGCGCUGGCUUCAGGAAGACAGGCGAUCAGAUCAGCAACUGA